AUUUCAUUAUUAGGGUAAAGGAUAUUUAGUAUUCACAAUUCGUACAAAUUAUCCUGUCUAUGAUGAUGUAUUGAUGAUAUAUUGAUGUAUUGAUGUUUCACUAAAAGUAUGUAUAUAUUUAUUUUUCUUACUAUUAUAUUUAUGUUUUUAAGAAAAUUGUUUUUGAAAAGUAUUUAAUAUAUUUAUGCAGUGGUAUCCAACUUGUAGUAUACGAAAAUAAUUUUUGAUAAAUAGAGAAACAUGUUAUUAGGCCAGGUGGUACGUGAACAAUUUCAAAACAUUUAAGCAUGUAAGUGGUAUGUGGAUAAAAAGGUUGGGAACCUGUGUAAUUAGUGUAAUUCCAAAUUUUACAUUAUAAAAUGAGUAAACAGACAAUUGGUCCUGUAAAAAACGGCGUACCCCAAAAAUCAGCUCUGUUAAACAUUUUUACAUGGACAAUCAUACAAAGUGAUAACUUUAAUAAAUUAAUUAUUAAUAUAAAUAUAAACAUUUUAAAAUUAUUUUAUAUAGCUAUUAUUAUCUUGCCUAAAUCAGGACGAAUUGAAGCCCUAAUUUAUAACUAAUCUUAUCUGUAACUUAGUAACUUAUCUUAUUCAGAAAUGUGAUAUCAAUAUAAAAUUAAAAAGAUUUUCCAUUAAAGGAAAAAAAAAUAAUUAGCAAGAGAUCAAUAGGGUUGAUUGGUGAACCUAUUGUCAGGAUCCCUGCUUUAGCCAUUCAUUUGUAUUUUAUUCAUUGAUAGUAUAAUUUUGUAAUUUGAUAUUCCAUAUUGUUAUAAUAUUAUUCAUUGACAUUAAUUUAUUUACUGGGUGGUAUCAAUUAUUACAAACAUAUACCUAGAUAGCAUAGAAUGUCCAUGGAAGGUGAAAAUUAAAUUUGAAAAAAGCUAAAAUUUAUCUCAUAAAGUAUUUCUCAUAAGCCUAUGAAACAAUAAUCAAAUGUUGGUUCAGUCGUAAAGUAUACAUGGUUAAUUUUUCAAUUGAUUUCGACAACCGUGGCCAAAGUAACAGAGAUAAGUGUGUGAAAAAUAGAUAGUGACUCCACCCUAUUGUUAGUGUAAAAAGGUAUGAUGUAGGAUGAUUAUCCACAUACAGUGUUUUUUUUUGCAAGGACCAACUGUCCAAAAUGUGACAAUAAGUUCUGUAAAAACUACAGCAUAUACAUUGAACAUAUUUAUAUUCUAUUUAAAAAUCUCGUCGAGGUUAUUUUUUUUUAAUUUUGAACAACUCAAAAUUAUUAAAUUUUGACAUUUAAUUUAUUUAGAAUUGAAACCUCUAAAAAAUAAUAAUAAUAAUAACAAUAAAAAAAAUUAAUAAAAUACUUGUUCGCACAACAAAAUAGUUACAUAAUAUGGAUAAUGAUACAAAAUUAAAGAAAUAAUAAUUUAUUUUGGAAUGUGUAUUGGAUGAGAGAAGUAGAUUUUUAUAAAAAUAGCCAUGCGAUUUAAAUAUAAAUGUAUACAUUUUAUCAAAAUCAAAAUUUAUUAAAAUAAUUGUUUUCUUAAUGACAUUUUAUAUAACUAUAGUGUUAUGAUUUUACAAAACAUAUUCAGUGUAUCAUACCUAUUUAAGGUUCUUCUGUGACUUUUUUAUACAAAUGAAUAAUUCAUGACAAGUUGCUAAAGUUUGUAGUAAUAUGUAGUCCUAUUGUUUUAUGUGGGCUUAACAUUUUUAGAUACUAAUUAGUUUAUUAUUAGUUUGAUUUUAUUUAAACUCUUGACUCUAUAUUGUUGGAACCUAACCAUGGAAAAUUUAUGAAUGUGUUAUAAAUAUUGUAAAUAAAAUAAUUAUACAAAGAGAGCAAAUCUUAGACUAGAUAUAUGAUGUGAUUAUCCUAUUUAUUUAUUUAUAAAUAAAAAAAAAAGGCAUGUUAUGUGUCUUUUUUAAAAUUCAAGCAGGUUAUGAUAUAGGUAGGUAUUUUACAAUUAGUUUGAAGUUAAAAGUCUGCCCAAAAAAUUACUAAGGUAUAUUGAUACUGAUAAAAGGCUAUUAAAAAUUGUAUAAAAUUAUAACCACUACAAUACAAAAGAGCAUUUCAUAAAAUGCAUUAUUAAAUUAUUAAAAUAAGAUAAAAGAUGUCAUGACAGGAAAGUGGAGACAUAGAAAAAAAAGAAAAUUAGAAGAAAUUUUUUACGAAAAAAAACGCAGUAGACUGUUGUUAAAAAAGAAACUAUGUUGGACAGGACAUCUUCAUUUAAUGAAGAACAGGAAAUCAUUUUUUUUUUUCAAUUUUUUAGAUUUUUAGUAGUAAAGAGUAUAUAUAGAAUCAAUAUUUAAUUCAAACCAAUAACUGUUAAAUAUAAUUUAUAUAAAUUAUAAAUUCUUAUAUUUGAAUAAUCCUAUAUCCAACACUAGUUUAUUUCUAAUUUAUAUUUUUGUAUAAUUUACUAAUCUUUCACCUCGAGUAGAUUCUGAGCCUAGUUGAGUUUUUUAGUGGUUGAAGUUAAAAUCAAUGCCAUUAUUCUUUAGGUUUUUGGUAUGUCUGGGUGGCGGGAUUUAAUCUUCUAAAAGUCUAGACCUAGAUAAUCAUUUGCACUGUCAGGGAGGCUGACUAUACUUAGGAUUUAAACAAGUAUAUAUUUUUACCAUCUCAUUCCACUCUGCCACUUUAUUUCUUAACACGUUCGCUGCGUAUAACGCCAAUUGGUGUCAAUAGCGUCACUGCUAUGUGCGAUUGGCGUCAUCUGAUAAAUCCAUUUUAAUGUAAUUAUAUUUCGGUCAGGUUAGAACCUGUGCUUUAAUUUUAUGUAAGCUUUGUCAACAAACAUUGUUAAAAAUAAUUUUAAAAACCAUUUCUAAAAAUAACCAUUCAAUUUCUAUUUACGUACAAUUUAAUACUAUUUCUUAAUUACCUACUUUUAUCGUGUACGCAUCACAGUAGGUGCUACUAAAAUAUAAUACACAGCGAACGUGUUAAACUUAAAUUAAUUUAAAAGUAUUUUAAUUUGUUUUAAUAGUUAUACUUUUUUUCUAGAUUAACAAUGCACAUCAAAUCUGUAAUUAUUGAUGGAUUUAAGUCCUAUGGAAAACGUGUUGAGUUGAAAGAUUUUGAUCCAGAAUUUAAUGCUAUAACUGGCUUGAAUGGUACUGGAAAGUCAAAUAUAUUAGAUGCAAUAUGUUUUACUCUAGGCAUAUCAGCUAUGAAUACUAUACGAGCUUCAAGUAUGCAAGAUGUCAUAUAUAAAAAUGGACAAGCUGGUGUUCAUACAGCUACUGUUACUAUAAAAUUUGAUAACAAAGACAAAGCAAGAUCUGCUCCUCAUUACAAAGGCAAUGAUGAAAUUGUUAUUUCACGUGAGGUGGGAAUGAAUUCUAAAAAUAUUUAUAAAAUAAAUGGUAUUACUGUACAAGCUAAAAGAAUUAUGGACUUUUUUAAUUCACUUCAAAUGAAUGUAAAUAAUCCUCAUUUUAUUAUUAUGCAAGGUAGAAUCACAAAAGUUUUAAAUAUGAAACCUAUAGAAAUUUUAUCUAUGAUUGAAGAAGCAGCUGGUACCCACAUGUAUGAAUCAAAAAAAAAGAAUCUAGAAUUAACAGUUAUUAGGAAAGAAAAUAAAUUACGAGAAAUGCGAACUAUUGCUGAAGAAGAGAUUAUGCCAACUAUAAAGACUAUUGAAAAUGAAAAACAAAUGUUGGAGGAAUUAAAUAUGGUUCAAGGUCAAUUAAAAACACAGCAAGAAAAACUUGAUAAUUGGAAUUAUGUGACAUUAACACGUGAUGUAGAAAAUAUUACUAAAAAACUAAAUGAUUUAAACCAAACGAUUGACACUAAAAAUGCUCAUAAACUAUCUCUUGAAAAUCAGAUUGAAGAAAUUAAUGAAACAUUAAAAGUGAAAGAUUCAGAAAUAGAAAAAGAAGUAAAAAAAAAAAUAAAUAAACUUGAAACUGAAAUCGAACAAAUGGAAAAUAACAAAAAUAAAAUACAACUUGAAAUAGCGGGAUGUAAAAAAAAUAUAACCAUUGAGUUAAAAAAAAUGAAAGAUAUAGAAAAACAAAUUAUUAAAAGUAAAAAAUGUUGUGAUAUUAAAAAUAAAGAAAUGGAAGAUUUUAAUGAGUUGCACGCAGGCUUAGAUGAAGAAAAUAAAAAAUACACAAACGAUUUAGAUGAAAUAGAUAAAAAAAUAGUGGCAUUAAAUUCGGGAAAUAUAUUUACGGAAGAGAAUGAUGGUUCAGUACAAGAAAAUAUUAAUAAAUUUAAAUUAGAAUUACAAAAUCAAAGUACAGAAAAUCAACAAUGUACACUUAAAGUUGAUGGUUUAAAAAAAACUUUAAAUGAACAGUUAAUUGGUAUGAAAGAAGCUCAAAAAGCAUAUGAUAUGCAAAUGGUUCAAUUGACAGCCAAAGAAAAAGAUUAUGAUAAAAUCAAAAAUGAAUAUCUGAAAGCUAAUGAAGAGUUAAGCCAACGAAAUAAUUUGACAUCAAGUUGUGAUAGUUUACGCAGAGAAAUAUGCAAUUUGGAAUCAGCUUUAAAAUCAUUUGAAUCCAGGAAUCCUAAUUUAUUUUUCAAUUUUAAUGACCCUCGUCCUAAUUUUAAUCGUAAUAAUGUACAUGGACUUAUUUGCCGUUUAUUUAAACCAAUUGAUUUUCGAUUUGAACUUGCAUUAACACUUAUAGCUGGUGGUAAAUUGUAUUAUGUUGUUGUUGAAGAUGAUACUAUUGGUAAAGAUAUCUUGGAGACUAACAAAUUUCGAAAUCGUAUGAAUUUUAUACCAUUAAGUAAAAUCAAAUCUGAUAGUAUGCCUCCAAAUGUUGUACGUACAGCUCAACAAAUUGGCGGAGUUGAUCAAGUUUUUCCUGCAAUGUCAUUGAUUAAAUAUGACAAAAAACACUUAAAAGCAAUACAAUGGAUAUUUGGGCAAUCAUUUAUAUGUACUACCAAAGAAAUUGCCGAAAAAGUGUGUUUUGACAACAGAGUUAAUAGAAAUUGUUAUACACUAGAAGGUGAUCACUUCAAUCCAUCUGGUAGUCUUACUGGUGGAUCAAAUAAUCAAAGGCUUUUUUUGAAAGCAUUAGCUGAACAAGAUGAAAUUAAGUUACAACUUGAAGCAAAAAAAUCUGAAAUUGCAAAGUUAAAUAAUAGACUAACCACAAUGGAUCAUUUGUCGGACAAAAUUGCGGAAUUAAGUGAUCAACAGAAUAUAGUUCAAGCAGAGUUGGACAAAAUUAAAUCAGAUGUACAUUUGGGCAAACCUCAUCAACAAGUUACUGAAGUUAAUAGUAUCAAACAACAGAUAGUUGAACUGGAAAAUAAGUUAGCUGAAGGUAAAGCAAAUGAAAAACAAUUAAAGGCUAAAAUUAAAGAUUUAGAAACACAAAUGAAGAAUGCUAAAAAUAUUUUAAAACAACAAUUAAAUGAUGCAGAAAAAACUAGAAAUAACAUUUUAGCAAUGAUAAGGAACAGUAAAGAUGAGUAUGAUAAAAGAAAAACUAACUAUGCUAAGUUAGAACUUGAUAUUACAGAACUAAAAAAUCAAAUUAAAGAUGAAGAAAAUCAAUUAACUGAGUUGAAUGUUGAAAAAUGCAAAAUUGAUGAACAACUAAUAGAAUAUAUGUCUCGACUAGAAGCAAUCAGUGUUAGUUGUGAAAAAAUAAAAACAGAAUUAAAUUGUCAUUAUGAAAUAUAUAAUGCAGGUAAUAAAGAAAUGGAUAAUUUGAAAAUCAAGAGGAAGAGAAUGCAGGAAGAAGCUCACAUGAUUGAUGUUCGACAUAUAGAUUUAGUUGCAAAACAAAAAAAUUUGGAACAAGCUUUAGAAAAGGUAGAAGAAGAUUUGGGACAUCUUAAAAAACGAUUCUCUGCUAUUCAAAAAGAAAUGGCGCUCAAAAUGGAUUUUAAUAAUUUUGAUUCUGGUAAGAUAAAUUUAGUAAAUUCAAAACUAUUAAACUUGUAUUACUUAACAAUUAAAUAUUAAAAUAUACCUAUCUAAAACAUAAAAUACAAAUUUUAGAUUUAUAGAUUAUUUUAUCUUUAAUUUUCUUAUACUACAGUAGGAUUUAUAAUGUUUUUUUUUUCUUAUUUGAGCAAAAGAAAUUUAAAACUAAAUAUGCACAACAAUUAAAAUUGACAAUAGUGAAUAAAACAAUAAUAAGAAGACAUGGUGUAGGACACCCAGUGAAGUUACCUACUUCGUAUUUUUGUAGGGAUAUUUUAUUUAAAGAUUUAACCAUUUUAUUGUUAACCUCCUUGAUAAAUUCUCUGGGAUAUAAGCUAAAAUAAGGUGAUUUAUAUUUAGGUAGAUGUGGGAGCUAAAUUUGCUUUAGAGACUUUAGUAAUCUGUUUUAGUGAUCUGGGUAACAUAAUUGAUUUGAAGAUUGGAUUGAAGGGCUUUGUUAGUAAUACACCAGAAAGAUCUUAAUGUGCGUAGGCAAAUUGAUUGGAAAUAAUGGAUUUUAUGUAUGCUAUAUAAACCUAUGUAUGCUAUAUAAAACCUACUUUAAAAAUAUAAAUCUAAUAUUUGCUCUUAAAAUAUGAAUAAAAUUAUAAUAUUGAUUCUUAGUAAUCUUUAUAAAAAAAUCCUUUAUCAUUUUUUUUUCUAAAAUUGUUUGAUAUAUAAUAGCUGUAUAAUAUGUAUGCAAUUGUUAACUUAAGUCUUUAGUUUAAACAAUUACCUACCAAUAGAUACCAUUAUAUUAUGGUUUAUUGCUGAUUAUUAUUAACCCAUAUUUUUGGACUUGACUUGUGGGAUAUCUUAAGUUUUUAAUACAUAAGGACUAUUUGAGGGUUGGUAAUACAUCAUAUUUAUUGACUUAAAAUAAACUAAUUAUUUUUAGUUAUAUUUAGUACAAGACAUAUAAAUAAAUUUCAAAUCUCUAUUUUCAAAUAUUUCAUACAUAUUUUUUUUUCAUAUAUGUAAAGACAGACAUAACAAUAUAAACGAAUGUGCAAAAUUAUAAGUAACAAAAAACUGACAUACUUUGCACGUGGGUGGGCCACUGUUGUAGAUGAGAAGUUAGGAAGGUAGAGGGAAAAUUUAAUGUUCAUCUGUAAACAAAGAUUAAUCUUUACUAACGAAAAACCAUUCUGAACGGAGUUAGGUAUAAGUAAAACUGGUGUAAAGAGUGCAUACCCCCUUAUUGACAGAUGGGGAACUAGAGUGGGUGUCAGGACUUUAAGUAUAUUCAUGAGUAAGGAAUAAACUACGUGUGCAGAGAAAAAAAAAAUAAAAAUUUUUAUAUACAGUAUGAUACUUGCCGCAAAAAAUAAGUAUUAGAAGUAAAUUACUUUUUGCUAUUUUGACUGGACUAAUUAGUGUUUUUGUAGAAUGUGAUUAUUUUUAUUUGCGACUAUCAUAAUACGAUGCUUUAUGUAUUUAUCCAUGUUUAUCUAUCCAUAUGCACUUUAUCUCUCAAACAGUUUUCAUUAAACAAUUAGUUAGGUUCUAACAUAAAUUGAUAUUUUCAGUUUAAUAAUGAAAAUGGGGAGCUUACACUACUUUGAUACUUUUGUUUGUAUCAGUUUAUUUAAUUAUUAAUUUUAUAUAAAUAAUCAAAUACUGGUUCAUUCAUAUUUAACAAUUAUAAACUAUAAAAUAACUAUGACUAUAAUAUGAAAUAUUAUAUGCAUUCUUUAAUAUUCGUAUAGUAAUUUAGCAAUUUAGUUUUGUUGUAUUUUUAAUUAUUAUAUAUUAUAUUAAUCUGGAUCCUAGGGUUAUAGUUCAAUAUGACGCUGUUUUGCUGUUUAAUUGUUUAUACACUAAACUGAAACAAACAAAUAUUGGUGUACAUUUUAUAAUGAAGCUCGUAUCUUUUUUAAAAUAAAUAAAUAAAUCAAAUAAUAAACAUUUAAAAAUGAAUUUAAAUUGUAAUUGGUUCAUUAAUGAAAUAUGUUUUUGAUAUAAUUUAAUUCUUUAAUAAUUAUUUGUUUAUAGAGGAAUCCACAAUAGCAGUUUCAAAUCUUAGAGCUAGAUAUAAGGAAUUAUCAAAGGUUGUAGAUCCAGGUAAAUUGAAUAACUUUCACAAAUAUAUUCAAGAGUAUCAGAUUCUACAAAAAAAAAUGGAUACAAUUGUUAGAGAUAAGAAUAAAAUAGUUGAAAUAAUUGAAGAGUUAGAAGUGAAAAAACAUCAACAUUUGAAGCGAGCUUCAGAUCGCGUGAAUAUAGAAUUUGGGAAAAUAUUCAAUAGUGUAUUACCUGGUGCCCAAGCAAGUUUAAGACAAUUAAAUAAGAAUGAUAUUACUGCAGGAUUAGAAAUUCGUGUUGCCUUUAAUGGAUUAUGGAAGGAUAGUUUAGAUGAACUUAGUGGAGGCCAACGUUCUUUGGUUGCAUUGUCUUUAGUUUUGGCAAUGUUGCUAUUUAAUCCAGUACCACUUUAUAUUUUGGAUGAAGUAGAUGCUGCUUUAGAUCUUUCUCAUACACAGAACAUAGGGAAAAUGUUAAAACAACAUUUUAAACAAUCACAAUUUAUUGUGGUAUCACUCAAGGAUGGUAUGUUUAGUAAUGCCAAUGUGUUGUUUAGAACAAAGUUUGUGGAUGGAUCUUCAGCAGUUACUAGAACUACUUGUAAUAAUAAUUAAAUGUCUGUAAAUUAUUUUUAAUCAUCAUUGUAUUUGUAUUGAUAUAUUUAAAUGUUAUGUAUUAUAUAUUUUUUUUUUCAUUCUACUUUACAUUUGCUUCUUAGCUUUUAAGAUUAUUAAAAAAAAUAUUUGAAUUAAAUUUUUCCAUUUUCAUAGGUAUUUACCGCUUUUGAGAGACAUGAAAUUUUUAAAAGUAACUAAAUUACUAAUAUGUUUAUGUCUGUAUUUAGUGUUAUUAAUUACUAUAUAUAAAAAAAAAAAAAAAAUGUAACUUAUUGUUAGUUUGUUUAUAUUACACUAAGAUAAAUGAAAGUGAAGUGUUAUACAUAUAUGUUUAUCUUAUUUAUUUUUAUAAUACUUACAAAUUUUACUCUAUUUACUCCGUAUAUCAUCAUAUAUAAUUUUUAUUUCAUAUCAACGACAGACAGUUUAAUAGAGUAUGU